CACACACACACACAAUGUACUCGACGCACUUAAACUCAAAAUGUAAACAACCCCACUGCGAAAUAACAAAACAAAAUUCGGUAGAUACAUAUUUACAUACACACACACAUAUAUUACAUGUAAACAACAGUAACUUUCAAGAAUCGCGCCGGUUGUCCCCACAUUUAUCAGCUUAUUGGUAUUCCACAUGCUUAUUUCCCUCUUCCGUUUUUCAGCUGACAGCGCAGCAGUGAACGUGGUGAGGGUGGUAGAUAAACACAUUUAAAUAAACGGGUGGUAACAGGGGCACUCUCUCCAGAUAUGAUUGUGUAUAAGAACAACCCUUACAGAGAUGAUUAUGGCCAAAACAAAACAGUUGAGGUGACCAGACUUUUACAUUUGUUAAUAAUCAACUCAUAGGAAUUUCGUUAAAGAAAGUUGCAAACUGCACACAAAACUUAAAUAUCUACAUAUAAUAUAACGGUCUUGCUGAACUGAAUCUGUAUGUUGCGUUACUAGUAAUUGUUGUGAAAGAAAGAAACGAAGCGUUUACGAAUUUUUUUAACUUAUUGUUCCAUUCAGUCCAAGAAAAUGUCAAAAUUUCUUCUGGUAAGAAAAAGUUGCGUUAGUUUUUUAAAACGAGAAUAUUGCCGUAAGUACGAUAUCUGAUACGAAGAAGAGUUUUAUAGUUUGGUCACCCAAAUUGCUGCUUUCGAUGUCGUUCAAAACAAACCGUCUACCGACGCAUACGGCAUUUCAGCCACCACACGAAUUUAGUUAUCAUUUUGUCGUCUUCCCGUUUGGGGGUGUUGCAUGUGUAACGGUUUGCCACUGCGCGCUUUUUGUAACUUUUGCCGGUCGCGUGCUCGUGUGCAGACACCAAAUAAGAAAGCAAAGAAUAUUGUGAACAAAAACAGUGCGAAUAAAUGUUGAAAAUAUAGUGCCAAAGUAUGUUUGUAUGUGUCGGUGGUUUAUGUGAAUUUAAAUUGUUAAUUGCAAUUGUAAGUGCGUCUCUUCUGCAUUCUGAAGCCUUUGUAUAUGUUCUAUAGACAUCAUAAAUCACACAUACCCGCCCAAAUAUGUGCGUAUAUGUAAAUUUCGAGGGAGCAUUUUCAUGCAUGCAGUGCAGAAGCGUAUUUGCAUAAGUAUGUCCCAGUAAAGGCCGGUUUUGCAAUUUUCCGUCCUUCGGUUGACUUGGCGACUGCUUUAUCGACUGUAGUGCCGUUUGCCUUUGUUAUGAUAAUAUUAUAUGCAGAGUCAAGCGUUGUGGACACCGCCGGUCCGGUAAUUAAAGGUUUCCGACCCUCUAUGUCUAUUGUUGUGGUUGUUGUGGUCGCGGUCGUUGCACGCUUCAUCGACGUCACCAAACGUGUACCAACGGGCGUCACAUACUAUUGUCGGUUCUAGCACUCGUCACCGCCGACUGGUGCCGUCACGCCUCCAUUCAAUUAAUGUGCUUUAAACUAUUUAGCUUGUUUGUAAGCGGUGGCUUAGCGUUUUAGUAUUGAUUUUUCCCCAAACUUAGAGGCGGCUGGCAGCCGGCCUGAAGUGUUGUAAAGUGUGGAAAGUUGAGAAAAGCUGAAAGGCGAUGUUUGCACUCAACAACUAAUGAAGUGGCUUAAUUCAAGUGAAGUGUCUAAAGAAAUUCAUACCGAACAACUUGUUAGGAUAAACAAAAAGAAUACUGAAUAUUUUGUGAUAUUCAUUGUAGUAACUUAGUAACUCUUGUAAAUAAACUAAAUGUAUGUGAAUUCUAUAAAUAUAUGUACUCAGAGACCUUUAAAAUAAUUCGUAUAGAGCCAUUAUUAUCAGACAACCGUUACAUAUAAAAAUAUUUGUGAGUGUUUUUAAAUUCGUUUUAGAAGUUCUGUUGGCCUUCGUGGACAAUGGACAAGAAACGAUAUUCGUUAUAGAAAGAGCGAAAACGCAUGAAAAUUCGAAUUAUGGGAAUGGAAGAAAGCGAUAUAAGAAAAUUCGUUAUAAAGAAAGCAAAUAUACUAAAAAUUGAAUGAAAUCGCGUUGGAAAUUAAUUCGUUAUAUAGAAAACAUCGUUGUACAGAAGUUCGACUGUAUAUGUUGUACAAUAAUAUAUUUAUAAAGCAUAUCAAAAGAAGAAAGUAUGUAUGUAUGUACACAUGAAAGGACUAGUAUUAAAUAUAAAUUGACAAAACUUAGUUCAAUCACUUCCUUGUAAAAACGUGUUUUCGUGCCUUUGACGUGUUCAAACCCUUUAAUUAUGGAUAUUCGAUGUAGCUGUCUCGCCGAAGGGCGAGUAUCAAUGUUGAUGUAAACAAGAAAGGGGGUAGGAUAUGAGUAUGAGUCGAGGUAAAUUAGUUUGUUUGCGUGCAAAUUAGAGCUAAUAAUAAUGUUUACAAAUAUUGGAAAUUAAUGGAAUUUUACUAUAGAAGGGUAAUUGCUGAACGGGGGAACGUGCACUUUGAAGCCGCUAAAGUGGAUUUGGGGGUGCAUGCGUUUAUAUGUAUGUAUGAACGUGAGUAAAUUGCUAUUAAAAUAAGCGGAAGUAAUAAAAUUAUUUCCCGGGCAUGAAAUAGACUCUGGCAUUGAAGGCCGGAAGUAGUCUAUGAUUAAACGGGAUUUUUGCUUUGGCCCCACAAAUGCUUACGAGGAAGCCACAAUGAGAGCUUCGACGUGUAAUUCAAUGAAAUGAGGGCGGAAAUUAAAAUUGUGAGUAAAAACACCUUUAAAUAAAUAACAGUACAAAGAUGUUGUUUAGUUAGGGAUAGUUUCCUUUGAGUGAGUUUCGAACCUGCGACCUUUGGUACUUAAUAAUAGAACUCUGCGCACCACGCCAUGUUCAUCCAACAAAAUUAAAGUGAUAUUUCUUAACAUGUCCAUAUCGUUAUUAAAAUUGAUUUUCGUUGCAUACUUUAAGGCGACACGAAAAAAAUUCAUUUCUACACUGGGAAAAUGGGUCUACACCAAAUGCUAACGAGACAUUAAAAAUGAAAAUGAGUAAAUUUUUUAAAUAGCACAAGAACUGUAAAAAUAUAAUUCAUAUGUUGCACAAAAGUACCUUAACAAGGCUUUUACGCUGUAGAUAGCAUUUUAUGCUGGUCUGUGGGUUGCUUGUAGUGGAGUAUUUUGGGUGUAAGGCUUACAUAAUACAAUCGCAUCCCUCCAAACGUAGUGAAGUGUAAUAGCGGCAUGUGGAGCGGUUUCGAUCGUUGCAGUUCCCGUGGCGUCGAUAUUCAGAGCACCAACAAUGCUGGGAGUAGCCAACAGGAGACUUUGGCCGAAAUUGAACACAUAUCAACGAUAGCCGGCUCGCUGGUAUCGAUUGCUUCCAUAUCACAUACACACACACAAGUACGUUAUCAAUGUACAAACGACGCCGGUUAUGAGACUGAACACACCUCGCUCAAUUCAGACUUCGAUGAGGCAGAGCUGCGCCGAGAAUUGCUACGUGACAAAUGGAAAUUGUUGUUCGAUAUGUUCGAUCCCGAGGGUUUUGGUGAGAUACCAGUUGAUGACUUUGUGAAGGCAUUAAAAUCUCCCGAAUUUGUAUCACAAGUGCCUAUGAAUAAACGUGAAUUGCUACAUGAACGAGCGAAAAAGGCGCAUCCGCCGACCGGACCCGGAUAUGUUACCUUCCAGGAUUUUGUAAAUGUGAUGAGUGGCAAGCGUUCUCGCAGCUUUAAGUGUGCAGUUCAUCAUCGCGAUCGAGAAGUUUGUUCCGAAAAUGAUUUUCAACUCAUUCUAGAGGAUCCGCCGUUCUUCAAGAAAAUGGUACAUGUCGUCGCCAUGGAAAUAUUGCCCGAGGAGCGUGAUCGGAAAUAUUACGCCGAUCGCUAUUCCUGCUGUCCCCCGCCUUUAUUCAUUAUAUUGAUGACAAUCGUAGAGCUCGGUUUUUUUGCCUAUCACACAUUCGUGGUUGGAGAAGCGGAACCUGCCGGUCCAGUUCCGAUCGAUUCAUACUUCAUUUACCGUCCCGAUAAGCGUCGUGAGGUGUGGCGUUUUGUAUUCUAUAUGGUAUUACACGCUGGUUGGUUUCAUCUCGGCUUCAAUUUAUGUGUGCAACUGCUUUUCGGUUUACCAUUAGAGAUGGUACAUGGAUCUGGGCGAAUUGCUUGCAUAUAUUUCUCUGGUGUGCUGGCUGGAUCACUAGGUACUAGUAUUUUUGAUCCCGAAGUGUGCCUAGUGGGCGCCAGUGGUGGUGUAUACGCGUUGUUAGCUGCUCAUUUGGCCAAUGUCAUGCUGAAUUUUCAUCAGAUGCGUUACGGCAUUCUACGACUAAUUGCCAUCCUAAUAUUCGCAUCCUCCGACUUUGGUUUUGCAAUUUACGCACGAUAUGCCGAAGAAUAUCCAUAUAGUCCCUCAGUGUCGUAUGUCGCGCAUUUGACUGGUGCCUUAGCAGGUCUCACAAUCGGUCUGAUUGUACUCAAGAAUUUCGAGCAAAAGCUGCACGAACAGCUUUUGUGGUGGAUUGCCCUUGGAAUUUACACUGCCUACAUCAUAUUUGCAAUAGUCUUUAAUGUUUUAAAUAGCACAGCUGCGUUGAGUCUAGAUGUGGAACCCAUCCAUGCAACUGAAACGUUUUUCAAUGAUUUCCAUGUGUAAUAUAGUUUAUGUUUAUUACUGCGCUCUAGACACUCUUUUAUAUAAGAGAGGAGUACUAUGAGUAAACCGAUUUUCGAAAUAUUUACACGUACAUAAGUUUGUAUGUAUACAUGUAAUUCGUUACGGUUUGUGUUGAGCACUGCAAUAAGUUUGAAUUUUUUUUGUCUAUAAUAGUUUUCUCUUUGUAAAGUGAAUGAAAGAAAUGGAAGUUAGUGCAUUUUUGCCAAAAAUUUAAUAUCAUGUUUUUGUUUAUUUUAUUAAAAUUUUCUGUUUCUGUUUAUUAUAAUUCUGUUACUGUUUAAUUUCUUAGUUAAUUGCUAAUAAUAAACUAUCAGUGAAUAGCAUAAAAAUUAAAAGGUUUGAGUUGCCUUCAAAAUGUCAAAUAUGUAUUAAUUCAUUGUGUUAAUGAGAGAUCUCUCUUAGAUCGUGCAAUAAUUGAAGUGUGCAUUUAUAUGUUAGUUUAUUGUCUCAAGGAAAUAUGCCUGUGCGUAAUUUUCUCUGAAUAAUUGACUGUAAUGAUGAAUUUUGAAAAGUUUCUAAAUUGCCAGUACAAAAUAGUUACUUCUAUAGCAUAUAAAUAAAAUGUAUAUAUAAAAAUAUGUAUGAAGCGAAUCGUAUGAAUAUAUAUAUUUAUGAACAUAAGAAUACUUAUUUAUUUACAAAAAUUAAAAAUAUUUUUAAGUAGGAUGAGGUGGAAAAGCAGCAAUUCAUAUUACACCAUAGAUACAUAUGUAUUUUUUGGAAAAAAAUUUCAAAGUCUGCUGAAAUCUGAACUUUUUUCAUAAUAACCGAAUGUCAGAAAUAAAAUAGUUCACAAUUUGUAUUUCUAUUCACAUAUAUAAUAUAAUAAGCUGAAAUGUAUCAUUUCAAUGAAAUAAAAUAUUGUAUUAUCCA